AUGGUCAAAUAUCUCAUCGGACGUGUGGCUGAUCCAAUCUUUGGUAUAGCAACGGGCAUUGGAGCCUUUUUUAUCUGGGAAAAUGACCGACGAAACGCACAUGACCAUGGACCUGGCAAUACGCUUCUAGACUUAUUGAGCCGUCGAAUGGGGGUGAACAACUAUUUACGCGAGCGUGAAAAUAAGCUGGAAAUAUCGCCUUCGUCAAAAUAA